AUGGGUGCUCAAGAAUUACCAGCACUUCAGUCUUUGACAAAAACCCAUAUGGCAAUAUUAACAUUUUGUUCAUUAGUGGUGAUACUCAAACUUAUAUAUAUAUACCGUUAUGAAAAAAAGAAGAAUACAGCAGCAAAACUAAAGAAAAUAAUACAUUAUUUAAUUUUAACCUACAUCUUUUUAAUUUUAAUUUUAAAUUAUAUUCAAAUUGGUAGAUUUUAUUAUAACCCAGCCAUUUGGACAAUUUUUUAUAAAGUGGUAUAUAAUAUUUGCGGUUUCCUAUUUACAUCAUCAUUUAUCUUAUUACUAACUUAUUGGAUUGGUAUGAUUACCGAUAUUUUUGAAAUAAGAAAAGGGGCAAUUUUUACAAAAUAUACUGGACCGGUUUUUAUGGUAGUUCAAUUUUCGAAUUUUGUUAUCAAACUAUUAACAAUUAUAUCAAAUGCAAAAGUAUUUUAUUUACAAACUAGACUAGCAUUAGAAAAAGCAUCCAUCUAUUUUGAUUUCUUUGUAAAUACUGGUGUUUUAUUCAUUUUAAUUACAUUUAUUGUUUUAAAUCUCUAUGUAUUUAAUAAAAAAGUUAGAAGAAGAAUUAAAAUAUUUACAGUAAUUGCAGCAGUUGUUGGUGCAACAUUCUUUUGUUUAACUUUAUUAAGAGUUUUAAUUUAUUAUGAUUCAUCAAAAUACAGCUAUGGUACAUUAACAUUAGUUAGCGCAUUAACAUUAGAAGUUGUAUUUGUUGUAUAUCCAAUUAGAAUUGAUGUUAUCAAUAAUAGACACGUUAACAAAUUCUUUGGUUUAUUCUAUAUCGGUUUUUCAAAAGAAACAAGACAAGAUACAUUAAGCUCACAUAAGAAAACCAAUGCUACAAUACAUCAACAAACCAUGAAAGAUAAAGAUGGAGGUCUAAAUACAAUUCAUGACUACGAAUCAAAUAAAGAACCAACUACAACUGUAUCUUUAGAAGAAUUUGAAAUUAACAAUUCACCUAAUCUAGAUAAUAAGCAUCACAGCGAACUUCAAAAUGGAGCAAAUAACAAUAAUGAAAAUACCGAAAUUAACAUCUCUGAAUUAAACAAUACAAACAAUAAUAACUUUAAUAAUAAUACAUUAGAUGAAACAAAUACAAAUAAUACAAAUACAACCUCAUCAAACAGUAGCUCUGAUAGUUUAAAAGAAAUAAUUUCAGAAGUCCAAUAA